UCAUACGGUGUUUUCAUCAGCAUUUUCAUAUGUUGUGUGGGUCUCUUCUUGCCCCAGGAGGAAGCUAUCUCUGUUAUGUUGUUUUGAAGUGAAGACCACUUAAAUCUAUUCUCCACCUAUGGUUAUCUUUCAAUCUGGAGAACUGAAGCUUACAUAAUAAAGUACUUCCAGUAACUUUCAAAUUCCAUGAUCUCCAACUGAAGAUAUAUUUGUACAUACAUCACAGGCUGGGUUCAGUGCUAAACAUGGAUGGAGCUUAAAUAAUUCUAGCAUUUAGUAUUGUUCAUAAGGCUGCUUAAGUUUAUUCUUAUGGAUUGGAAUUUAAAUACUCCCACAGAAUGGGAUUGGGAGAAUUUAGCCAUGUACACCAACAAAGAAAUGGAAGUCCCCAAGAAUUUGCCAUUUUCUAGCCAAGAACAUGGGGUCGUAGAUAAUGUCGAUUUUUCGUUCUCCGCUUCGGCUUCUGUCGAUUCUUCGUCUAAAGAAACAAUCAAACCUUUUGGAGUGUUUGAUGAUUUACCAAAAGAUUUCUUGGAAAAGGAAGAAUCUUCUUGGGUAGGAGAUCAAAAUGGAAGCUUCUCUAAUAUGGUGGAAGAAGCUUCAGUGUUAUCUGGUGAAGCAAUGAUUGGUUUAAAGCUUGGAAGACAUAUGAGCACUUCUAGCAGUAAUAACAAGACGGCUACAACAUCGGUUACUUUGUUUCCUACAUCGAAUCCCAUGAUAAAGCGAUCUAGAGCGUCUUACUUGAGUUCGCAGUCGCCACGUUGUCAAGUCGAAGGAUGCAACCUUGAUCUUGCAUCUGCCAAAGACUACCACCGCCGGCAUAGAAUUUGUGCAAAUCAUUCUAAAAGCCCCAAAGUCAUUGUAGCUGGGAUGGAACGUCGAUUUUGUCAACAAUGUAGCAGAUUUCAUGAUUUGUCAGAGUUUGAUGACAGAAAGCGAAGCUGUCGUCGACGCCUUUCGGCACACAAUGCAAGACGCCGCAGGCCACAGUCAGACGAGAUCCAUUUCAGCUCAACACGGAUGUCCUCUUCGAUAUGUGAUCGAAGACCGCACAUGAACUUUCUUCUAAAUAGGGAAUCGAUCCCGGUUCUGGAUUCAGCACCACCCGAAAGUUCUCGCAACUUCAAAGGGGAAGAAUGCCUUAUAGGGCUAGCAAAAGGCGGAGGGGUUGAUGUCUUGCCAACAAAUGCUACCUUAAGCUUCAGUUCUGAGAGAUUUACGCCUAGGAACGCAAAUCAUAAUGGUAUGGACCCAACAUCAAACUCAAUAUUAUCUGGAGAUGUUCGGAAUGCUUUCUCUCUUCUGUCAACAAGUUCUUGGUCUUCAAGUUGGCCUGAAGAACCGUCAUCAUUUAAUCAGUUCGCGCAUGGAAACAGCAUCGGCUUGUCACAACCGCGAGCGCCUGUCGAACUUCAGAACACUACAAGCAACACCCAGCUCCAAGAUUUUAGUUCCUUCAGAUCACCUCAUGAAUUUGACCGCUUUUAUUCCAACUGAAAUCAAUCAGCUAAUGAUUUUCCAAUAAGUCUUUUCAUAAAAAUAUCUGCACAGUUCAUGUAAGCCAGUCCAGUACUAGAUCAAACAUCUUAGAACCACUGCAGCCAAUAAGAUUGAUGGGCUCACACUUCACUAAAGCCACUGAGGAUCCAAAGGAACUUUUGAGGUUUAUCAUGGGAACAAAGUUCAUUUCUUUUUAUUCACUUUUGCUGGAAGCUUUUUUCUUCUGAUUUCUCAGAAAUGGUGGUUGCAGGUAAUUCAGAUUUUCCCAUCCAGAUGUUGAUUUGUUGUUGUUAUUUUCUCCAGACGGAAUUAUUAUACUCUUUUUAGGACAUCGAUUAAUUUAGGAGUUGAAUUUUAGGUCUCCUGCCGUUUAGUUUACUCAGUUUAUAUUUUGUUUGAUUCUUUCUUUUUUUUUUUUUCUUUUGUGUGUGUAGACUAUGGUUAACUUGGUUACCGUUGCGUUUUUUGUGGAGAGUUGUGUGUUUUUUUAUGCUUCAAGUACUCUUUGUCUUUGAAUGUAGUGAUCAACAAGAUAGAAAAAUGUUUCAUAAUGAA